CUUCUGGAAGAUUCUAAGAUUUUCUUUUUAAUUUUAGUACUCCAAGUUUUGCCAAAUGCGUCUAGGAAUGCUUUUUUAUUAUAUUCAUCCUGGUGAACAUUACAAGACUUUUUCAACCUAAAGACUGAUACCCUUCAGAUUAUUUUAGGAAGAAAACCAACUGGAAGAAUCAAUGAAGUUCCUUCUUUUCAUAUCUGUUGGUGUUGUUCACCUUUUCUCCCUGAAUUCUGGGAAAGUGAUAUAUAAGAAUGACAUCUCUCAGAGGACUUUUCAAGAAGUAAAAGAAGAAAUAGCCCACUAUGGAGAUGUUGCUAAAGCAAUCAUCAACCUUGCUGUUUAUGGUAUAGCCCAGAACAGAUCCUAUGAGCGAUUGGCACUUCUGGUUGAUACUGUUGGACCCAGACCAAGUGGCUCCAAGAGCCUGGAAAAAGCCAUCCAAAUCAUGUACCAGAACCUGCAGGAAGAUGGGCUGGAGAAUGUCCACUUGGAGCCGGUCAAAAUACCGCACUGGGAAAGGGGAGAAGAAUCUGCUGUGAUGCUGGAGCCAAGGAUUCACAAGAUAGCUAUUUUGGGUCUUGGUAGCAGCAUUGGGACUCCCCCAGAAGGUAUCUUUUGUCUUUUCAAGUCAAUUUGCUGUGUACGGUGUUAA